AAAAAAAAAAAAAAAAAAAAAAAAAACCACUUCUCUAUCAGAGUUCCCAACUCUCUCUCUCUCUCGCUUUUCUCUCUCUCACUCUCUGAAAUUAGGGUUUCGCAGCUUCGCACAGUGCCGGCGGUCCUUCGCUUCUUAAGCGAUCCUCUUUUUUCAAUGCCGGCGAAUCCCUCCCGGAGAUUUUCCACAAUUGUUCAAUUCCUUGGGCGAUUGCGGCACAUAGCUCAGUUCCGGUAUUCGUUUCAGUUCAAAUAGCGGUUCCUCAUUGAAUUGGAGCUUCUUCCGGGGUUUCUGCGAUGGCGCCUAGCAGGAGGAAAGGAGCUAGCAAAGCCGCUCAGGCCGCCGCGGCUCGCCGCCAGUGGAAGGUCGGCGAUCUUGUGCUUGCUAAAGUCAAAGGGUUCCCUGCUUGGCCUGCUACGGUAAGUGAGCCGGAGAAGUGGGGUUACUCUGCUGAUUGGAAGAAAGUACUCGUUUUCUUCUUUGGAACACAACAGAUUGCUUUCUGCAACCCUGCUGAUGUUGAGGCAUUUACAGAGGAGAAGAAACAGUCUCUUCUCGGAAAGCGUCAUGGGAAGGGUGCUGAUUUUGUUCGUGCAGUCCAGGAGAUUAUUGAUAGUUUUGAGAAGUUGAAGAAAGAGGACCAGGUUGAUGAGUUAAACUCUAGUGCAAAUGGUGGGAACUCAGUCGAUUCUUCAUGCAAUUUUGGUUCAAAGGAUCAGAAAGAAGCUCCUGAAGCAAUUCUUGAUUUAUGUCCAAAAUCUUCGUCUUCUACCAUUGAUAAAAAUGAGCCAAGUAAUUCUAUUGAGGAUGCUUCGGCUACUGCACUAGUAGAUGCCACCCUUAAUAAGGAGGACUUAAUUGAGGAACCUGCUGCUACCACAAUGGUUUCUGAAACACCUGUGCCGAUAACCUGCUCUUCAAGAAAAAGAUCUGGUGACUUGCGAUUACAGAGCUGUGUCUCAAAGAGAGAGGAAGCACCAGCUCGUAGGUCAAGAAGCUCAUCCAGGACGGAAUCACGUAAAUUACGGAACUUCAUAAUGCCACAUGAUGAUGAUGCCAAGAAUGCUGUAGAUAUAUCUGGUAAUGCAGUUCAGGACAGAAGUUUAAGAAGGAAUAAACGAACACGGAAAUCACCUGAUGCCUCCAUAUGUGAUGAUGUUAAAUUGGCUGCUUGUGUUUCAAAUGGUUGUGCUGAAGAUGAUGGUUCUGAAGUUGUUCCAGUUGAUUCUAGCACAUUUAGUUUGAACGACGGCAGUGUUACUGAUUCUGGUUGUAAAGGAGAGCACUCAGAGACUGUUGUUGAAUGCUUGGAAGGAGAUGCUGAGUUGAUCAAAGGACUUGAUCUCCAAAUAAAGGCUUUUAGUAAGAAGAAAAGGAAACCAAACAGAAAGCGAGUUACUAAUGAUGCAGCUGAGCCUAUUGCUAUAUUGGACAAGGAGACGGUUCAAGAUGUUGGUUUGCAGAGCAGUAGUCAAAGUAUGCAGACUGAUGGUGGAAAUAUGAAUGGAAAUUUAUCCAAGGAAGAUGGAGAUGAACAUCUGCCAUUGGUGAAACGAGCCAGGGUUCGAAUGAAUAAACCAUCUUCUGUUGAGGAAGUUGAUAGCUCUUCGCACAUUCAAGAAAGUCUGAAGGAAGUCAUGCUCAAUCCAUCAGGGCUGAUCAAUACAUCUCCAGUAUGUGAUGACAAUUGCCCUGGUGGUCGGGACUCAUUUGUGGUAAAUGGAGCUCUAAGUAAUAUUACACCUUCAAGAGUUUGCACUCAAAGUUUGGAGAAUAGGCCUCAGCUUUGGAACUCGAAGAAAGACCAGUCUUUUGGUUGUUCGGCUGAUGGUGAAGCUGUUUUACCUCCAUCUAAGCGUCUUCAUCGUGCUCUAGAAGCCAUGUCAGCUAAUGCAGCUGAAGAUGAUGAAAGAUGUAACUAUGAUUCAUCAGCCAUGAGGACAUCUGCUAUUGAUUGUCAUAAUUCUUGCAUGAACACAUGCGUUACUAUAACUGUGGAAAGUAAUUCAGGGAAUGGUCUGGGUCUGCAUAGUGAUGACUCUUUUGGCAAUAAUGCUUCAGGGUUCUCUACCAGUCCAAACCGUGUAAUCUUGGAGCAAAAUACUAAAUCAGCAAUGGAAGUGGAUGUAUGUGAUCAAAGAAGGAAUAGUCCUGAUAAUCAGAAUAAUCAGUGUUCCGUUAAUGGUUUCAUAGAUUCUGGGCACCAUGUUGGUGGUAAAAUUCUUUGUGCUGGUUCUGCUGGCUGUUGCACUAUUGGAACUGCAGUUCAGACUGAAAGUCCAGGGAAUUUAUCACAUAGUAUGGAGAGAAGAGAUGCUGUUACUGGAUUUAAUCAAGGUUCAAUAGAUGCGUUUCCUCGGAAAGAUGAAGGUCAUGCAAUAAUUGAAUCAAGCAAUAAAGAUGCAGAAAAUCCUGAUACUGAUUGUGAUACUUUAGAGCAUACUCUGAAGAGCUUAGAUCCUGUACCAGGCACCGGCCAUGGAUUUGUUGAAGUUCCACGUCAAAUUAAUGCUAGUCCACCUCACUGUGGUGCAAAGGGCCCUAGGGAGGACAUCAAUUCUCUGGAGCCUGAGCUGCAAGAGAACAGAGAUGUAAAAGACGUAAUGGAUGCUGUAAAAGAGGUCAAGCAUAAACAAAUAGAGAAGGGUCCUAGUUCAGUUUCCGAUCCAACUGAGUACUUGACUGAAAAACAUGUUGCUGGUGUGCGGUCAAGUCCGUCCCUAACAGAUGGUGGAGAUUCUCUUGCACAAGCAUCACCUCCUAAUACUUCAGGCUGUCGUAUUUCUACUUCUGAUAGUAGUAAUAUUCUUCAGAACAAUGGCAGUUGUAGUCCUGAUGUUGAUAUGCACAAGAGAACAUCUACUCCAGUUGAUGAGGAUGAAAACUCAGAAGCAGUGGUUUGUCAAAGACCAAAAUCUGUGAGCAGGUAUGCAGAAGCACUUGCUGCUCUGUCAUCCUUUGAGACAAUGCUAGGAACCUUGACAAGGACCAAGGACAGCAUUGGUCGAGCAACUCGUGUAGCUAUCGACUGUGGAAAGAUUGGUGUAGCUUCUAAGGCGUUGGAAAUUCUGGCACGUCAUUUGGAAAAUGAGUCGAGCUUACACCGGAGAAUCGAUUUAUUUUUCCUGGUCGAUUCAAUUGCUCAGCAUUCUCGAGGUUUGAAAGGUGAUACUGGUGGUAUGUACACUUCUGCAAUCCAAGCAGUACUACCACGGUUAUUGUCCGCUGCUGCUCCUCCUGGAAGUUCAGCGAAUGAGAAUCGUAGGCAAUGUCUAAAGGUUUUGAAACUUUGGUUGGAGAGAAGGAUUGUUCCUGAGUCCAUAAUUCGUCGCCAUAUGCGAGAACUUGAUUCUCUGGGUGGGUCUUCUGCUGGUGCUUAUUGUCGGCGCUCCUCGAGAACAGAAAGGUCUUUGGAUGAUCCUCUUAGAGAGAUGGAGGGUAUGCUUGUCGAUGAAUACGGAAGUAAUUCAAGUUUUCAACUUCCGGGAUUUUGUAUGCCCCGCAUGCUCAAGGAUGAAGACGGUGGAAGUGAUUCUGAUGGGGAGAGUUUUGAGGCUGUCACCCCUGAACAUAAUCCUCAGACUAAUGAAGAACAUGAAGCCACUCCCGCAACUGAAAGGCAUAGGCAUAUCUUGGAAGAUGUUGAUGGAGAACUUGAAAUGGAGGAUGUGGCUCCGUCGUGUGAUGUUGACAUGAGUUCAUCUUGCAGUGUUGCUGGAGUCAAUGUCGUGCAGGCUUCACAUAAUCAGUUUGAACAACAUUUUCCACAUCCCUUCGCCCCUCCGCUACCUCAAGAUGUGCCACCGUCAUCUCCUCCUCUACCAUCGUCUCCUCCGCCCCCACCACCACCAGCACCUCUACCCCCUCCUCAUGUCAUUCACCCUCCAUGUGCUACUUCUGAUUUAAAUCCAUACACUGAUUCACAUAAUGUGCAUGACAGCAGAGUUCCACCUCCGCCUCAGCAGUUGAAUGGACCAAGAAUUAACCAAGCAAUUCCUGAUGCAGUGCACUAUCAUGCCCCCGAGUCUAGAGAUCUUCACAGGCAGAUGCCUGAUUCUACUUCCUGCUCUUAUAGUAGUUUCCCUUCCAAUUCAGGGAGAAAUAUUCCACAAACUGAUGGGGCUGCCUUCCAUAACAAAGGUUACCCUUUACGGCCACCUCAUGCUCCACCGUCGAAUCAGUUUUCUUAUGUUAAAGGAGACCAUCAUGUAAAGCCACGGCGUGAAGUUCCGCCUCCUUAUCACAACAGGUUUGACUUCAUGCAGCAUGGGGACCGAGAACACUACUACAAUAAUCAUGAAAGAAUGAAACCAGCUCCUUAUGAUCCCCGUGACAGCUGGAGGUUUCCCUCACAUUCUUAUUCUGGUCCUCGCUAUCCUGAAAAAGGCAAGGCGUCUUAUGGGAAUGCUCCAUUUGCUGGCCCCCCUCGUGAACCAACAAGAUUACCUGGCCAAGGGUGGAGAUUUCCUCCACGGUCAGCAAGCCACAGACACUCUUAUAUACCGCCUUAUGAUGGUUCAAUACCCGUCACCAGCAGAGGUCCAGGAUUUUGGCGGCCUAGAUGAGUGAAUGUAGCAAAUUGUCAGGACUGGUGUCUUUACGGCGGGACAAUUUCUAUUGAUCAACAGUUUUUAUAAGUCUUACUUUUGCUAAUACUACAAGGUCCAAAAUUCUUAGGUAUGAGCAUAAUCCAUUUUUGAUCUUGCUUGUGCUGCCUUUCAAGUCAUUUUGCCUUCGCCAUUGUUCAUCAUGCUGUGAGGUUUAGACCUCUAGAAGAGGGCCGAGGAAUAGAGAUAGACUAGCGCAAUAAUGCCUUCGGAUUGUACAUAUGUAUUUUACCCUUCCUCCUGCAAAAGGCAGACAGGGAGACGUCAUUGUAGAGAUGAUUGAGAGCCGUGACUAAUCCUAGGUUGGCAUUGUAUCAUUAUUUUUACUUUGCCAAAUCUUGUAAUUUAGUUCAUCUCUUUGAAGCCCUUCAGUGAAAUUUUAAUGACUUAUGCAUGGGUCAUUUGUUAGAAAAUGUAUUCUUCUGUUGGCU